AUGGGGCGACGUUGCGCUGGCCCCUUGGGCCUGGAGUCGUCGAGGGGGGCGAGGGACGGAGUGUGGGCGCGGCGGCCGCGAGCGCGAGAUCCAGUUUCCCUCGCCGCCUGGGCGCUCCGCGGGCGCGCGCAGGCGGAGGCAGGGGCGGACCGGCCAACCGGCCGGCCGGGAAGCAAGCGGCGCGCUGCGGGACCCGGAAUUCGCCGCUCGCGCUUGUCUCCUCCGGCGCGGAUGGCGGCCGCUGGGCCACGCGGCCUCCGGGCCGGGGAGGUGGCGGGAGCCGGAGAGCUGCCCGCGCCCCGGCCGGGGCGGAGAGGGCUCGGCGGCGUGACCUGGCAGCGGGACACCGCGGGCAACUGGAUCCGGCGCCUGGAAGCAGCAGCUGCUGCACGUUCAGAAACCACACCCAAGGGUGCUGAGGGCCAGCCUGCCACCUCUUCACGGGCCACAAGCCCUGCCAAAGGCCCUCGGAACCAGCAGCAGCUGCAUCGAGAGUUAUUGUUCACCCAUCGCAAAGGCCUGAGCCUUCGGUCUAAGCCAGAGCUGCUGCAGGUGCUGGAGCACCGGAACCGGCGCCGGGAUGGGGUGGAAAGUGGCGUGGAGCAGUCGUCCCUUGAGCAAGAGCUGCUGCGCUGGCAGCAAAGGCGGGAACAGAACCAGCAACAGGAAGAAACAGGUGAUACGGUGGGGAAUCAACCAGAGUUCAUCCAGGUCCGGGAAAACCUACGAAGGACACACUAUCCACGAGAUCCCCCUUCUCUGUGUGCAGCCCCUUCCCAAAUAUCCAGCCCCUUCCUGCGCUCUCAUCUCACCAAUAGGCAGCCCUUCAGGAUCUCAGCCACACGCUCAUCUGUGGUCCCCAAGCCUCCAGCCCCACAGCUUCAGGGUUCCCUAAAGGGCUCUAGUCUCUCCUCAGCUCCCCUUGCCAAUACAUGAGCUUCCUGCCUCCCACCACACUUGUCACUAAUAUGACCAGGCACAUUAUGGCUCCCUUCUGCUCUAGAGCUGGAGAGGCAACACCACAGCAGCCUUUGUCCUAAAUGGAUGGGCCUAUACUGCACCCAAGAGCUGGAAUAACCUCAAAGGG